CAGCCACAGGAUAUCUUAAGCUCUGGAGAAGAGACAAGCUUUGAGACUGGUGACAACUGUCUUGAGAGCAUGGAGAGCCAUGUCAAGCGCCCCAUGAAUGCAUUUAUGGUGUGGUCCUGUGGUGAGAGGCGCAAGUUGGCCCAGCAGAAUCCCAGCAUGCAAAAUACAGAGAUCAGCAAGCAGCUGGGAUACAGGUGGAAAAGCCUUACGGAAGCUGAAAAAAGGCCCUUUUUCCAGGAGGCACAGAGACUGAAGACCCUACACAGAGAGAAGUACCCAAACUAUAAAUAUCAGCCUCAUCGGAGGGCUAAAGUGCCACAGAAGAGUGGCACUUUGCAGCCUGCAGUUGCCUCAACAAAACUGUACAAUGAGCUGCUGCAGUGGGACAGGAGCCCACACGCCCUCACAAACAGACAAGACUGGGCUAGAGCUGCACACCUGUCCUCCAAGAACCAGCAAAGCUUUUAUUUGCAGCCUGUGAACAUCCCCACUGAUGCACUACAACAGAAGCAGCAUCAGCAGUAUCAGCAACACCAGCAGCAGCACAAGUUCCACCAGCAGCAGCUAACCUACUUACUGACAGCUGACAUCACUGGUGAGCAUACACCAUGGCAGGAGCACCUCAGUAAAGCCCUGUGGUAG